GCACACAGUGUGAGCUCUGGCGUGCGUCCCCAUCAUGCACACAUGUACGCUCCGCUCAUUCAUACAGGGACACGGCGAUCAUGUAUGAAUGGCCGCGACACAGAUGAGGCGUUGACAGUGGCAAAGAGUGAAGAGAUUCUCAGCCUGUUCUCUGUGAAAUCACUGGAGCUCGGAGACAGAGGCAGUGGAGGAGAGGGCGACACAUCACAGUCUGCAGCACAACUAAGAGAUAAUUGACUGGACUGAACCACUGAUGCAGUUUCUUCUUCUUCUUCUCCUGGUGUUUUGUACCAAGAAUCUGAUCCUGGAAUGACGUGUUUGGUUUGGUAUAAACUUAGUGACGUGUCUCAGGCCUGACCCUGGAGAUGUCGAAAAGACGAGACAUUGUCGCCGUCGUGUUGAUCGUGUUGCCUUGGACUCUGCUGAUUACUGUUUGGCACCAGAGCACCGUCACUCCUCUGCUUUCUACUCGAAAGGAUGACAGACAAGGUGGACGCUCCAACUCGAGGAACCCGUUUGCUGUCAAGCAGCCAUGCUCACUGCAGAAGCGGGACAUCAUGGAGGUGAUGCGUACUGAGCACAUCUACAGUCGCCCUCCUCCCUGGUCUGACUCUUUGCCCACUAUCCACGUCAUCACUCCCACUUACAGCCGGCCAGUACAGAAGGCAGAGCUGACACGUCUGGCCAACACUUUGCUUCAUGUGCCGAACCUGCACUGGAUCUUGGUGGAGGACUCUCACAGGAGAACCCCUCUGGUUAGCCAUCUCCUCCAGGAGACAAGGCUAAACUACACACACCUCAACGUGGAGACACCCAGAAACUACAAGGUACGCGGGGACAUAAGGAACCCCAGGAUUCCACGCGGCACCAUCCAGAGGAACCUGGCACUGAGGUGGCUCCGGGAGACCCUCAGCAUAAAUACCAGCCUCUCUGGGAUUGUCUACUUUGCAGAUGAUGACAACACGUACAGUCUGGAGCUGUUUGAAGAGAUGCGUGACACCCAAAAAGUGUCCGUGUGGCCCGUGGCUUUUGUGGGUGGCCUCCGGUACGAGUCCCCGAAAGUAAAUGCUUUGGGCAAGGUUUACGGCUGGAAGACUGUGUUCGACCCCCAUCGGCCCUUUGCCAUCGACAUGGCUGGGUUUGCAGUGAACCUGCACCUCAUUCUGUCUAAACCUCAAGCUUAUUUCAAGUUACGUGGAGUGAAGGGAGGAUACCAGGAGAGCAGUCUGUUGAAGGACCUAGUGACUCUUGGCGAUUUGGAGCCUAAAGCUGCUAACUGUACUAAAGUAUUAGUAUGGCACACACGGACAGAGAAGCCUAUGCUGGUAAAUGAGGGCAAGAAAGGAUUUACAGACUCUAACGUGGAGAUAUGACAUCCUUCAUCUCACACGGAGGAGGCAUCGCUCCACGGGAUUCUACCCCGAUUCAACCAACCUCAGAGCUCCUUUGAGCCACAGCUGGAGUCAAAGACAUUAUCACAGAAACAGUAACUGCAGCACAGGCCCGGAAAUGGUGUCUGGCCACCCCAGGAGGUGACGGGAAGCCAUGUGCGUGUACCAUCCAGAGCAUCGAAGCACAACAUCACAAAAACAAGCCUGUCUGUUCUGGCCGAUGUGACACAGUGGUGGAACUUGCCAGAAGGAGACUAGCGAGAUCUGCUAAGACAGACGAUGUUACGCAACGUAAACGACAGGAAGUGAUGGCACAGUGUGCAAUAAAGAGCCAUCUCAGCACAGACAACACCAGCAAAUCUGCAUUAAAUAGGGCCCUUUUGCUCUAAGGCAAACUGGCUGUCAGGCACAGGGCUGCACAAAGGAAUACAAGGGUUUCUUGUCAUAAGAGAGUCGGCAGUGACUAACAGACCCUCCCAACUUGAACUGUACAACACUGGGCUCUUUAGAUAGCACCGUUAAACCCAGUACUAAUUAGGACUCCUGUUACUCCCCAGCACACAUGAGUACACACUGCACAUUAUGAGCACACAGACACUGCAGUGAUUUACUUCAUUGUUUUGUACAAUAGUACAAAAGUUCCAUCCGCAACAGUCAUUUACUCCUGACUAUUGUUUUUAGUUUUUUUUCUCAAUAAUAUGCUGUGUCACUACUGAGCUCAUGUUUGAGAGAAGAUUCUGUGUUCCUAAUAAGGUUCACAGCCUUUAUUAAGCUCGUGAAAAAAAAAAACUUGUCAAUGAACUGAACGUUUCUCAGCAGAAUUAUUUAUCGUUUCAGGGUAAGUCGUGAGCUAUGUCAGGAAGAGUCACUGGGAUAUGAAGCCAUUACUAUAAAAAAACUGGAUGCGCAUGCCUUCACACGACUGUAUUACAAAGAAUAAUUGCUCCCACCGAGGAUGGCUGGCUUGUAAUAGAUGAUUUCAUACCCCACUGACUUGCAGUGACACUGCUCACAAAUGUUAAUUGUGCUCUCAGACUCUGCAACUGGUCAGACUCUGGUGGUCAGAUGUCAAAAAACCUUGAACUGUCACUGUAUGGCGAGGGUGCAGUGGCGCUACAUUGCUGCUUGUGUUUCAUUUAAGGGCAUUCACGCCGUUUCUGUCUCGGCCCACAUUGCCACAAACACCUUCUGUUGUUGUUUUUAUUUGUUGUUUUACGGGCUGCUACACAAUGUUCACACAAGCAAUACAAAUCUAACACAAUGGCACAUAACUACCAUCCACAAUCAAACAGUAUUACUCAUGUGGGGGUCCACCACCUAUAGCUUGGGGGUCUGCUAAAAUAAAUAGCAAUAAAUUAUAAAAUGACACCUUAAUGGGCAAGAAAAUGGGUGAGGAAAUUCCAACUUGUGGAUGAUUUCAAAAUGCAAAGCAUGUAUGGAUGGUGGAGCCACCAUCAAGCCUCCAGCACUAAGCCUCAGGCACAACCACCAUCCUAAUAACAACAUGAGUCCCCCCACCCCAGGGGUCCCUGGCCCUACAAUGUUUGAGAGCCACUGCACUACAACAUAACAAUAUGUAAAAAGUCACUGAACUAAAGGUACUGUAUGUACAUAGCUAUAAAUUGCUCCCAUAAAAAAACAUGUCUCGCUCUGUCUGUGUUUGCUCGGUGAAGUGUUGAUAUUUUGGGCUGUGAGUAUGUAUAUAGAUUUUAAGGUGUUAAAAAAAAUCACACAUCAUCCGAUGCAUUUGCAUUGGAAUGUGGAAACUCCAGGAACAGAAUAUUCUGCACUGCUCUUGCUCGGCAUCACAGUUUAUUACUUUAUAACGGUCAACAGUCCUUCAGACAAAGGGAAUAAAUUAGAAAUACAAAAUCAGCAACAUUGAAGCGUCUAAAUUGGAAGGUUUAAUCGCACGUGACAAACUUCAGUCACUGGAUGUCUGCUGCCAUGCCAAGAUCAGGCGUAUCCUCAAAGUGGACCUUGUAGUCUCCCUCUUGCUCCUCAAACAUAAUGACCUUAUUUAUUUUAACAGAAAAACAAUGAGAGACAAUGAGCCAAUUAAUUUUUGACGACAACUUGUGUUUGCACAUUUUUCCCUAUUAAAAUGAAUCGAAAACGUAUUCAAAAACACAACGUUUCAGUGUACCUGGUUAAUUCCACUGUUCAGGAACGGACCAGGGAGGUACAACGCCUGCUGUGGACCAAUGGACCAGUAUCGGCCCAGAUUCAGCCCGUUGAUGAACACAACACCUUUCUCCCAGCCCUGUGGACAAAUGUGUUAAAGCCCUUCGCAUCGUGUAGAAAAAAAGUGUUAUCUUUCACUUACUGGGAGCUUCACAAAAGUGUCACUUGGAUACCCAUAUGCAUACAUCCUUCCCAUGAAAAAUCCAGGGAAGCUGGGAUUUUCAGGAAGCGUUUUCCACGGUGCCUGGUAGAGACUGAGACAAGGUGUCCAUUUAGACAAACACAUUCGAUAUACAAAAUGAAAGUGAUGCGCAGUGUGUGGUAGGUUCAAUAAAGCACACAAACCUAUCAAUGAAGCUGGGUUUCAUAUCCAAACUGUAUAUUGUAAAAUCCCGCAAGGGAAUAUUGUUUAAUAAAAUGUCUCCCACGAGUCCUGAAA